CGACAGUAUUACCCUCUCCGUUCAACUUAUGACCUCGAAGUGCUACUAAGUUUAAAUUUGAGUGUAGUGGUCACGAGGCACCAAUACCGGUGUUUCCAUCUGUUCGCUCGUGCUCGUGUACUAUCGUUCCCCACCUGUCCACCACCGUUCCGCCCGCUGGUCCACAUCGCGACACCUGGCGACACCUUACAUACCGGCUGCUGGCUCCUAAAAUGUUAAAGUUAAUGAGGCGCAAAGCAAGAGACUAGAGCCCUUGAAAUCUACACACGAGUCUGACUUUCUCCAUUCAAUAAACGACACGCGUGGUUAGCGCAUCUGUUGGUCCGAGAAUUGAUUUAAUUUCAAUAUAUCUCCCUAAAUGAAAAUUAAAACAAAAUUUAAAUUAUUGAGAUGUAUUGUUUACGUAUCUUUCUCAGGAAAAUGAGUAGAGCUCUAGGCACUGCAUCUGAUCUAGCUGCAGUACAAUGUCAUAGUAUGGGGAAUAUGGGACUUGAGCAACAUGCCUUCAAGUUGCAACGUGCUGUUGUGUUGAGCAAGUUGUCAAGAUUUGAAUACCUUAGGAGACAACACCGUGAUCUUACAGAACAACAGCUGGAGACUUUUCUUCGAGAUCGUGGUACUGAUUAUGAUGUGCUAGUCAGACACCAUAACCUACAUAAAGAGUUUGAAGAGUAUGUGAAAUCAUCCCUUGUUAAACAAGGUGUGGAAACUCAAGUGGUUGAUAGAUUCAACUACUCUGAGGAGCAGGUGUCAUGGGCAGACAUUGUAUUUGCUGCAGGUGGUGAUGGCACUUUCCUUUUGGCUGCUAGUCGUGUUCCUGAUAAUACAACACCAGUUGUGGGAUUGAAUUCUGAUCCAUCACGUUCAGAGGGGCGUCUUUGUUUGUCACCACAAUCUACUAACAAUUUUGAAGAGAUGAUUGACAAGUUGAAAAAUGUUAGUGCAUUGAGAUAACAUGAUAAUGUAGGAGUAGUUGGCAGAGAUCAGUGAAAGGUGUCACAAUUUAACAAUGGGUCAUGUGAAUAAAAGGCGAGUUUACCUGGAAAUUUCGCAGUAGGAUCCGAAUCACUAUGAAGGGAAAGGAAAUUUUCCAGUCGCCCACAGAGUUACACGAGCCAGAAUUGUUGGAACCCCAUCACAGGUUUUUUGAUUGCAUGACAGAGUUGCAAAAGAUACGGGCAUCUCAAUGUGGUGAAAAUAUGGCAGUUCCUCAACAUCGCCUACCAAUUCUAGCUUUGAAUGAGGUGUUUAUUGGUGAGAAACUUUCUGCACGUGUAUCUUACUUUGAAAUGAGAGUGAAUGAUGAUACUUCUGCAUGGCGUGUAAAGUCAUCUGGACUCUGUGUCACUACGGGUACUGGUUCCACAUCCUGGCAUUUAAGUAUGAAUCGUCUUACUGAACAGAGUGUCAAUGAAGUAAUCAGAAUCCUAGGGAAAGAAGGGGUUGCUGCUAGUUCAGUAGACCCCGGGCUUGCAUCUCGUGUCGCUCAACAAUACAAUGAUGGACUUGCAUUCACAUCAGAUAAUUUGGAUAUGUGUUAUACUAUCCGUGAUUUAAUAUCUGCAGAAGUAUGGCCUUCUCCUAAAGGUAUACCUCCUCGAGGACAUGUGAAACGUCUUGAAGUUCGAUCAAGGUGUUUUGAUGCUGGUUUGGUUGUAGAUGGAACAGUAUUCUUUAACUUCAAUGAUGGCACAAGUGUAGUUCUUGAAAUUUGUCCUGAGGACAGUUUACGAACUAUAUUACUGAAAUAAUACAGCUCCGCAAUUUAUUUAUUGUUUAUGACUUUAAACCUAUUCUGACUGAUAUAAGCUCUGAAGAAAAAAUAGAUACUUUAGUGUAAGUCUCUUCUUACGAAAAUAUUUUUUUGAUUUGGGUAAUGGUUAAAAAUUAAUUUUGUUUCAUGCUGGGUCUAGGAUAGAAUGUUAUAUAUUUAUUAUUAAAAUGUAUCACUGUAUUCAGAGAAGAAGACCCAGAGGCAUAAAAAAUUCCAUUAUUCUUUUCUUUUAACAUCCCUACCACGUUGUUGAGAUGCUCACCUUCAUUGGUGUCAGUGUAAUUGUAGUAUAAGCAUAGGCAUGCCUACAGGAGGGGCCAGGGGACCAUUGCCCUCUAAAAGUGUUUAAAGGUGCCUCAUAGCCUUAUGUAGUAUCCUCUCCUCCCCCCUUAACCUAACAAUUUGAAGAAUUGUUCUGAGACCUUUGGGGAAAGAACUCUCCAAAUCAUCUGUCAAUACUGUAAAUGGUCCAAUAUACAAUCAACUGUAAGUAUUGCAUCAGUGUUUUCAUGGUGCGACAACUCUAGGUGGGUCUUGGCCUGCUUCACAAUUUUCAUUAAAUGAUCAUUUCAUUCUCCAUGUAGUAUCCUUUAUACUUUUACUAAUAAAAUACAAAAAAGUUCAGUGGAAAAGCAGGCCCAGAAAUAUAGUUACCCCACCCCCUCUUGUGUCAGGCUGUGCACGCCUAUGAGUAUGAGAUAAAUAAAAUUUUAAGAUUUAUGCAAUAAUUAUUACUUAUGUACUGUAGACCAGUGCCAUUAAUUUCAUAGUGGAGAUCAUUUGUAUUGUGUAUUAUUUUAGAUAUUGGAUGUGCAGUGUUAGAUAAUUCUCUGUCAGGGUUUCAAACCCUGAAUAUUUUUAAGCAAAGGCUUUUAUAUAUGAUGGGCCAUGCAAACUGACUGAUUAAGAGUGGGGAAAAAUGUAUUGCUGUCUUAAGUUUUAAUAAAACAUAUCUCAAAAAUUGCAAGUUUUCAGGCAAGAGAAAAAUGCUGCAGUGUUUCCGUUAUAAGCCCCCCAAAAUAUGACAAUUUCCAUCAGUUUAUCAAAUUCUCUGUGAUAAGUUUUGUUACAAUUCGUUAGAAAACUAUAUUUCUUCACUUGGGUGCCGUUAUCUCAAAAUGGCCAAAUUUUGAGAUGUGUUAGAAUCUAGCUAUUGAUAAGAUGAUUAAUUGAUGUAUAUUAUUUAGUCACCACAUUUUGUGGAAGGAAGAAGCUCCAAAGAACUUAAAAGAUAAUUGUGAAUAAUUAAUUAUUUUGUGAUUGUCAGGUUAGAAGCUCUUAAUAUUUUAUUUUUUCUCUCAUUUUUGCAUUUCACAUUCUUGUUAUGUUGAAAUUCCUGUGGAAAUACCAACUCCAUUUUGUUUCAUAGUUCAGAGACUUCCUGUCACUCAUGUAACUUGAAUGUAGAGCUAGCAGUCAAAAUGAAGAGAGAAAUGUUAGUCAUUCAACAACAAAACAAGUUUCAUAGUAUAUUGUAGGAUGAUACCUAUGAAAUAUGAACCUGUUUGGAAGAUGCUAGUAUGUAUUAAUUUCUCCAUUUUUAUUAUAUAUGUUAAUAAAGUUUUGUUGAAAUCAAUCGCAUAAUUGUUGAAUUGAUAAUUCAAAGACACCAUAUGUUGAAAAUGCUUGAAAAUACAUUGUCCUUUACAAAGAUGUUUCUUUAUGAAUAAUGCUAUGGAAAUACAGCAUAACUAGGAAUUUAUAUCAGAACUACUCAAUGAUGAAGAUAUUCUUGUUAUGUAUGAAAUGUUUCUCUUUUGUCUUAUAUCUUCAAAAUUAUUUAAAAGAAAAGUGUAAAUGCUAAAUGAAAAGCUCAGCCAUUCAAUGGUCAUAGAUGGAAUUCUUUCUUUCUUUUUUUUUUUACUUACAAACUCACUUAUUUGACUAUUAAUAAAUAAAAUAUGUUUUAUUGUACGUACUUUUACUUUGGCUGUGUUAUUCAUUCUUCUUUUAAACAAGAGACUUUUAAAUAGUUUGUAAUGUGUUUAAUAUGGUUUUUGUUAUGGACUGGACAGAAUAUAUGUGCCCAGUAAAAGUAACUUCGAGUUUAACUGAAUAACUCGGCAAUUAUUGAUGGAGUGCAUUGCUUACUAUAUGUUAUUUCUUUCUUUCGUUUAUUGUAAGUGAAAACUUUUCACGAGAAUUUAGUGAUUGUGGAAUUGCUGAUAUGGAGAAAAAAAAAUUCCAGAACACAGUGAUAUGUCAUAAGAUGGUCCCAAGGAAGAAUCAUAGAUCUGUUGUGCUCUAGCUAGAGCAAGGCAGAUGAUUUAGGAGCUCUACUCCAUCUGAGGCACUAAAAGUACAAGUAUUCCUUUAUCUGCCAUAAGUGGCUGUAAACGAAAUUGACGUAAUUGAAUUGUACAAACCAAAAGCAAUUUGUUCUGAUCCUCUUCAAUUUUUACAGAACUGUGUGUAUUUCUCAUUGCUGAUUUUCG